AUGGCUCUGCUCCGAGGUGUGUUCAUCGUUGCUGCUAAGCGGACACCCUUUGGAGCUUUUGGAGGUCUUCUGAAAGACUUCACAGCUACUGAUUUGACUGAAUUUGCUGCCAGGGCUGCCUUAUCUGCUGGCAACGUCUCUCCUGAAACUAUUGACAGUGUCAUUGUAGGCAAUGUCAUGCAGAGUUCUUCAGAUGCUAUAUACUUGGCAAGACAUGUUGGUUUGCGUGUGGGAAUCCCAAAGGAGACCCCGGCUCUCACGGUUAAUAGGCUCUGUGGCUCUGGUUUCCAGUCCAUUGUGAAUGGAUGUCAGGAAAUUUGUGCUAAAGAUGCUAAAGUCGUCUUGUGUGGAGGAACUGAAAGCAUGAGCCAGGCUCCUUACUGUGUCAGAAAUAUUCGUUUUGGAACCAAGCUUGGAUUGGAUCUCAAGCUAGAAGAUAGUUUGUGGACAGGAUUAACAGAUCAGCAUAUCCAAAUCCCGAUGGCAAUUACUGCAGAGAAUCUUGCUGCAAAACAUAAGAUAAGCAGAGAAGAAUGUGACAAGUACGCCCUACAGUCACAACAGAGGUGGAAAGCUGCUAAUGAUGCUGGCUACUUUAAUAAUGAAAUGGCACCAAUCGAAGUGAAGACAAAGAAAGGAAAACAGACCAUGCAAGUAGAUGAACAUGCUCGGCCCCAGACCACCCUGGAGCAGUUGAGUAAACUCCCUCCAGUGUUCAAGAAAGAAGGGACUGUUACCGCAGGGAACGCGUCGGGAAUUAGCGAUGGUGCUGGAGCUGUUAUCAUAGCUAGUGAAGAUGCUGUUAAAAAACAUAACUUCACACCACUGGCAAGAAUCGUGGGCUAUUUUGCGUCUGGAUGUGAUCCCUCUAUCAUGGGUAUUGGUCCUGUCCCUGCUAUCACUGGGGCACUGAAGAAAGCAGGACUAAGUCUUAAGGACAUGGAUUUGGUAGAAGUGAAUGAAGCUUUUGCUCCGCAGUACUUGGCAGUUGAAAAGAGUUUGGAUCUUGACCCAAGUAAAACCAACGUGAACGGGGGAGCCAUUGCAUUGGGUCACCCAUUGGGAGGAUCUGGAGCAAGAAUUACCUCACACCUGGUUCAUGAAUUAAGGCGCCGGGGUAAAAAAUAUGCUGUGGGAUCAGCCUGCAUUGGAGGGGGCCAAGGAAUUGCCAUCAUCAUUGAGAACACAGCCUGA